AUGCUGUUCCGCAGCCUUCUCACAGCGCUGCCUUGUGCAGCGGCAGUGCUGUCUGAACCGCUGCAGCCUCGUGCUAUGACCGACUUCAUGAUCUACGCCUAUGGCCCAUCAGCCAUCGGUGGCUUUCCAAUCUUUGCCGAGAACAAUCUGGCCUUCGUGACAUCUAGAACGCCCUCUGCCUUCAACUCCUCUAUGCACAAUGUUACUUUCGACUCUCUGACAACCCACGGCAAUUUCACCGCGACCCAGUUUGACAACGGCGAGAGUUUGUUCUACAUCCCAACGACUUCGGGCCAGGUUGGGUUUACAAAUAGCACCAACUCUUCCGUCAUCACCACUGGGUUCGGGUUCUAUGGGCAUACCAUCUACGUCGAUAUUGACGACACGCUUGAAACCCAGUGGUUUGCCCAGUCAACCAGCGAGGAUGACAUCUGGGCACUUAUCUGGGGCAACACGACGGCCGAUGCAAUUCCUGUUUCUCUUAGAACCGUCGCGCCCUCUUAG